CCUCAACAUGGCGGCCCCCUUGUGUGUGGAGGUGGAGUUCGGAGGUGGUGCAGAGCUCCUGUUUGAUGGAGUAAAAAAACAUCAAGUUACCUUGCCUGAGCAAGAGGGACCUUAGAGCUGAGGCUCUGAGAAUUCCCUUCCUGGGUCAUUUAACUGAGAAGGAAUGGAGUCCAACUCAAAACUAAAGUGGCAGGCAUGGUGAUGUGCACCUGCAGUCCCAGGACUGGGGAGAUGGCAGCCCUGGGAUUGGGAUUUCUCAGCUACACAGCAAGUUUAAGGCCACCCUGGCUCCAUGAGACUCUUGUCUCAGGGGACAUCCGGAACCUCCUUGUCUGGAUCAAGAAGAACUUGCUAAAAGAGCGGCCAGAACUGUUCAUCCAGGGAGAGAGUGUGCGGCCAGGAAUUCUGGUGCUGAUUAAUGAUGCCGACUGGGAACUGCUGGGGGAGCUGGACUACCAGCUGCAAGACCAGGACAGCAUCCUCUUCAUCUCCACACUGCACGGCGGCUGAGGGCUCCUCUGUGAGCCUGAGCACCUUUGCAAGGGGAGCACAGGACAACCACACCUCUCCUUGGGCCCUGCUUCCAGUCCUCAGUUCCCCUUGGCUGCCUCCUCCUCUGCUCUACCCCUGAGCUCCCUCUAGGCAGGGAAAAGAGGCCAGGUGCUAAAAAUGAGCCUUUUUGGGCAAGGCACGUGAGCAGGGAGGGAGAGCAGACGCCUGAGCCCAGCACUCCUUCCAGCAGCUGAGGUGGGGGAGGGCACUCCUGUGACAUGUCAGGAGUGGAGGGGGCUCUAUGCCCAGGUGACCAGCUGCUUGCCACUCCUUCUGUCUCGAUAUAUGUAAGCACUGAGUGACUGCCUAGAAGGCACUCCAGUUCCUGAGACAUCUUCGUGGGGAAGAUGGAUGAACUUGAGUAACUGAUGAGAAGCCCCUCUCUUGCCAAAGAUUAGAGGGGCCUCCGCCUCAGUUUCCCCAUCUGGACACUGAGGACUCUGCUUGUCCCCCACUGAUGUCAUUAUGGAACCCCAGCUGGGGUCCCCUAUUCAGUGCUCACCUCCCUCCCCUCCACCCAGCAGCUGCUCUCCUAGCCACACCCCCCUCCUGUUCCCCCCUAUCCCCAGCCCUUGACCCUGGCUGGCCUCCCCCCCUACAUAGGCCACCAGAUGGGCUCCUGAGACACUCUCCAGGCUGCCUACAACUCCUUCUGCUGAGGGGAGAGAAUGGGAGGAAGUAGCCUAACCUUAGACAGAGGGGGUGGGGCCUCAGUGUGUAACUCCCAGCUUCCUGAAACCAGCAGGGUUUGGGUAAGCAGCACCUGGUAGGCAGAGGGCUGUGCCCCCCUUUCCUUCAUCCCUUCUGGAAAUCUGGGGACCUUGUGCCUGCAGCUGGCCUUGGGCAAAUAAAAAGACUAGGUUGUUUACUA